CCAACAAGACGUUCACUUGUUACCAGAUCUGUUAAAGAUACGAACCUGGAACACGUGUCGGCUAACGAGUGCGUUCAAAGUGACAAUGGCGGCAAUCGAGUGAAACAAUGCAGGACACGGAGUGUCUGUCCCCCAGCAGCCCCCAGGCCAUGUCCCCCUGUCUGUCGCGCAGCCCCAGCCCGGCGCUGGACGACGACGAGAUCAGCGUCGGCUGCCCCAGCCCCCGGGAGCCCCCCGACCCCGAGGACUACUUCAAGCCGCUGAAGAAGCUCAAAAUGCUGGAGAUGCCGACGGGCGAGCUGGACGAGCGCAGCGACGGCGGCGUGAAGAGCUUCUCCAUCGUGGACAUCCUCAACCACAAGCCCAAGGUGCAGGCGAGGAUUGUGCGGCCCUGGGACCUGGACCCGGACGUGGAGGCGCAGCAGAGACUCGAGACUUUUCACAGACACCUCAAAGUGCAACAAUUGGCCCUUCUGAGGCCCGAAUUCGCGGCUUUCAAUGCGAGCUACACGUCGGAAACCGGAAGUGAUCGGUCGUCGAGUGUCGCGAGCGAUUGUUGUUCACCGGAUAUUGUGCCAGCGCAAAGACAGAGACACCAAGGGAAGCCGCAAGGGACGCCUCUGGAUGCACUGUUCCAGAUGACGUCCAAAACCUUCGAUUCGGGGGCGGGAGAGACGAGCCAAGACGCUCAGAGCCACCUCAACCUGUUCAACGGGCGGCAGCAGCCGAAGAAAAAGCGAAAAUCGCGAACGGCCUUCACCAACCACCAGAUCUUCGAGCUGGAGAAACGGUUCCUUUACCAAAAAUACCUCAGUCCGGCCGACCGGGACGAGAUCGCCUCCAGCCUCGGCCUGACCAACGCCCAAGUCAUCACCUGGUUCCAGAACCGGAGAGCCAAGCUCAAGCGGGACAUGGAGGAGCUGAAGAAGGACGUCGAGAGCGCGAAACUGCUCACAGCGCACAAAAGCUUCCUCGAGAACGUCCAGGACCUGGGCAUUUUGAAGAAGAAGGCGGUGAUCAGUGAGGACGACUGUCCCAAAAACUUGGUCGUGACGACGGAAAAGUGAGACUUCCGGACGGGGUGUAAAUAUUGUGUACAUAGUUUUUGUGUUUGUAAAAGUUGUAAAAAUUACGAUGCUCUAACAUAAUGUAAUUAGAUAAUUUAUUGAAGUUUUUCGUCUGUUUGACGGGUAUUUGCAAUAUUUUAAUAUACUUAAAAUGUGUACUAUAUAGAGCUUUAGUACUUAAAACUGUCCUAGCGUCAAUGUGGAUGAGAAAUAAACAUGUACGAAGUA